AUCACCGUCAUCGUCCUCUGCCAAGUACCUCUCCCAUCGUUUCCCCGCCUGCUAUCUGUUGCGACCUUCCAGAUACAGCUAUAGACUGCUGGUAUCCGUAAGAAUGGUCAAUUCUUGGUUCCAAGCUUCCCAAGCUCUCCACGCUUAUGGUGUCACGAAGCGUUGCGGAUGGGUCGUGUUCCAGGAUGUUCGGCGCAAUUGGGCCUGUCGUUGACGUUAUCCUUCUGUGCUUUCGUCCGCAGUCCUGCUUGACUUGAUACAUUUGGUACUUAAGGACAUGUACCCUCGUAUAUUCACAUUUUCUCUGUCUUGCUAUCGGGUCUACUACUGGUUGCGAUAAUGAAGGCAGCUAUUCUUAUACUCGCCGCAAUUGGCGCUCAAGCGUGCCAGAGAGAGCGAUCUUUUAAAAAUCAUCUCCACACCCAUGUCAAGCGACAAGCCAGCAAUAUUACAUUCCCACCCGUUCUAGAUGACAAUGAGCGAAUUCUUCUAGACUCAUUCGACAAUACCUCCAUUGCAGAAUGGUCGUAUUACUAUACCCAUGGUGACCAUGUUGCCGGUCGAAAUAAGACGAUGGCCCAAUGGACCGCAGACAAGUGGGCAGAAGGGGGCUUCACAUCGAGGUUGGACGAGUAUUAUGUAUAUCUCAACUAUCCUGUCUCGAACUCUCUAGUUCUCACGUAUCCCAAUGGAACCACUCUUUCCGCCUCCCUGGAAGAGGCAGUCCUUGAGGAGGACGAAACUACUGGCUACCCAAACCGCAUCCCGACAUUCCACGGAUAUUCUGCUAGCGGCAAUGUAUCUGCUGAAUUCGUCUACGUUGGGCGAGGACAGCAAGUAGAUUUCGAUCGCUUGAUAGCCUUGGGCGUAGAAUUAGAAGGCAAGAUCGCGGUAGCAAAAUAUGGUGGACCAUUCCGAGGAUUAAAAGUGAAGAACGCGCAAGAGCAUGGAAUGAUUGGUGCUGUCAUCUUCAGUGAUCCUGUUGAUGAUGGUAAUGUCACUGAGGCAAAGGGUGUUGCAGCUUAUCCGAACGGGCCCGCCAGGAAUCCCACCUCAGUCCAGAGAGGAAGUGUACAGUUUCUAAGCAUAUAUCCCGGUGACCCUACCACACCUGGAUAUACCUCCAAGGAGGAUUCUUUACGAGCAGACAAAAGUAACAGUGUCCCCCGCAUUCCUUCCAUUCCAAUCUCCUGGCUCGACGCGCAGCCUAUUCUCCAGUCACUGAAUGAUUUUGGCGACAACGGAACAGAAGUGAACCGCACGGGAUGGGUCGGUGCUAUUCCUGGAGUUUCAUAUAGCACUGGACAAGGCUCAACGGCCACCUUGUCAUUGACUAAUGUCAUGGAGGAUGCGUAUACACCCAUCUGGGAUGCCAUUGGAAUCAUCAACGGCACGAGCCAGGACGAGGUGAUCAUUGUUGGCAACCACCGUGAUGCAUGGAUAGUUGGCGGAGCUGCUGAUCCCAACUCUGGUUCUGCCGUGUUGAUUGAAUUAUCCAAGGCCUUCGGAAAGCUGUUAGAGACUGGCUGGCGACCAACUCGGACCAUUGUUCUUGCUAGCUGGGAUGCUGAAGAAUAUGGGCUCGUCGGAAGCACCGAAUGGGUCGAGGAGUAUAUUCCAUGGUUGAAAACAGCCGCUGUGUCCUACUUGAAUAUUGACAUUGCCGUCAGUGGUCCGAUUCCAGGAAUUGCGGCUACGCCAGACCUACACUCCAUCGGCACAGAGGUUAUGAAGAAGAUUACUUUCCCUUAUCGGGGAAGUACUAAUCAGACAAUGUACGACGUCUGGGAAGAGGAAGAUGGGGAGAUUGGUGUUCUUGGAUCAGGCAGUGAUUACACCUCGUUCUUGCACCGAGGCAUCGCAUCCAUUGACGUCGGUGCUGGAGGUGGCCCGGGAGAUCCUAUCUAUCCCUACCAUUCGAACUACGACUCCUAUCACUGGAUGUCCACUUUCGGCGACCCCGGAUUCCAUACUCACAAAGCCAUGGGUCAAUAUCUCACACUGCUUCUCUACCAUUUCGCCAAUGAUGCAUCAGUUCCUCUUGAACCAUCGGGUUACGUCCCCGAGUUCCGCACCUACUUGGAAGAAUUGAAUUCUACAAUCACCUCUGCGAACGGCACUUUGGAUUUGUCCGAGCUCACGGACGCCAUAUCCACAUUCGAGUCAUCCGCCCAAGAAUUUGACGAGCUUCGCCAACUUGCUAUUAGCUCCAACAACACCGAGCUUCUGACAGUUGCCAACCAGAAGGCACGCGACUUCUCACGUGGAUUUACUAGCCAGGGCGGACUUGACGGUCGCGAGUUUUUCCAAAACUUGAUCUUCGCCCCAGGACUCGAUACUGGCUAUGCGCCUGUUACUUUCCCUGGUAUCACUGAGAGCAUCACAUUCCAAAACAACUUCACAAGGGCCCAAGAAUGGGUGGCUAAAACUGCAGACGCUGUUUUAGUCGCUGCUAGUAUCCUUAAGACUUAGGUACCUGGGACGUCGGCUUCCAAGACACUUGAUCAAGGGUGAUUAUAGAGGUGAUUGUAUAAUGAUUGAGGAUAUAUAAUGUACCUAUCGAU